AGCGGUGGUCGGGCAGAGUUACCGUGCAAUGUGACCCCGGUAUCCGUCGACGACUCCGUAACACUCAUCCUAUGGUACAGAGGGAACGGUAGCCGAACGCCGAUAUAUACGGUCGACGCGCGCGACGCCAGUAAUAACGGCACGCAUUUCGUGGGCGACGUGUUUAGCGACGGCCGACGGGCGACGUUCAACGUGUCCGCCCGACCGGCGCUACUCACCAUCGAUCCCGUGACGGAAGGGGACGGCAUGGAGUAUAGGUGUCGAGUGGACUUCCGGUGGGGCCGUACGAUGAAUAGCCACGUCUUCCUCAAUGUUAUCGGUAGUCCACCGCCGACACUGCACUGGUAUAAGGACACCACAAUGAUCGACGGCUCCUACAUCAUCGACUCCCGGGGCUGGGCUCACAACGACCUCAUCAUCUAUAGGCUGUCCGCCUAUGACUUAAGUGCGGUGUUUAGUUGUCAGGCAAACAAUUUCCUUAACCAUAGCCAACCCAUACGCUCGUCGUUUUCCAUUGAUAUUAACUUAAAUCCCGUAAGUGUUAACAUAAUAUCCGAAAAGAGUAUCCUAUCGGCCGGUCGUAAAGUAGAGAUCGUUUGCCAAACAAAAGGCUCCCGACCCCCGGCGGUGAUCAUAUGGUUUAAAAAUAAUAAACAGUUAACGCAUUCACAGGAAAGUGUGUCGAGUGAUGGCAACACUACCACAAGUGUACUGAAUCUGAUGCCAACACUGGCCGACAAUAACGCCCUAUUGGUCUGUAGGGCACAGAAUCUGCGCCUACAGUCGGGUCCACACAAGUAUGUGGAGGACGGCUGGGAAUUGCAAGUCUAUUCUAUAAACUAUUAA